AUGUUGCCAUUCAUUAUCUUGUGCCUAUUGGGCUUUACAGUUGCUCAAGUGCCAAAGCCAUGUGUCUCUCCUCGCCAAUGGGAAGGACGUGUUCAUACUUACAAUCCGAAAUUGCAAGCAGAACUUGUUGGUAAAUUGACCUAUGAUUCAGUGUAUCAGCGUACACGAGUUUUGCAAGAUGUCAAAGUCGGUGAAACCGAGACGUACUAUGAUAUUAUUAGCUUUUAUCAAGCCAAGCUUUCAUUUUUUAUCAAUAUGAAAACAGGCAUUUGUUCACGUGUUCCAUUUGAUCAACCCUGGCAUGAUUACGGCAUCCAAUCUGAUGCUAGAUCCCUCGGUGAAGCAUACAUUGGUUCGUCUGCAACUCCCGACAGUGGUCUACUUAUUACCAUGUGGUGA